UCGUUCUCUAAUGUUGUGGCAUUUCCCCGCCACCGUAGUGCACCCGGAAGUGCUGUAGCGCUGUCGUUGAAGAUGCCGUAUUCUGCAUUCUCGUCUUGAGCGGUGAAGGCGCGUUACCUCAUGGUUUGUUGUGUGACAACAGCUAUAAAUAUUUUUAAAAAAGCAAGCAUGAGCAGAUUGGCUCAAGGCCCGCGUGUUCACGCUCAUUGCUGUGAUAAAACGACAGUGUCCAGCGCUUCUGCAGACACUCAGGAGCUCUCCAAGCAACCUCUUCAAGGACUGAAAUUGGCAUCACAUGCAGUGCUGGAGAAAGUGCAGCAGAGGGGCAGGUCAAAGUGUGCUAAAUGUGGAGGAUCAAGGAUGUUCUUCUGCUACACAUGCUGCUUAUUAGUGGACAUCAAUCUGCAAGAAAUUCCUGACGUCAAGCUUCCAGUGAAGAUAGACAUCAUCAAGCACCCUAAUGAGACAGAUGGCAAGAGCACUGCUGUUCAUGCCAAGAUUCUUGCACCCAGUGAUGUCACCAUAUACACAUACCCCUGCAUUCCAGAGUUUGAUAAAGACAAGGUUGUGUUGGUGUUCCCCGGUCCAGGCGCAGUCACAGUGCAAGACAUAAUGCAAUGUUUGGACGAGAGGACACGUGACCCCCCUGGUGAACCUUGGUUGAAGAGACGGAAAAUAGAAAAUGCCCCAGCUGCCACACACACUGCAGAGGACCAUGAGUCAGAGACCACAGAUGAAAGAAAGGACUCAGAAUCAAGAGCACAUCCCCUCCAGAGGGUGGUCUUCAUUGACAGCACGUGGAACCAGACCAACAAAAUUAGCACAGAUGAGAGGUUACAAGACCUGCUCCAAGUUGAGCUGAAAACGAGGAAAACUUGUUUCUGGCGCUCUCAGAAGGGCAAACCAGACACUUACCUGGCGACGAUUGAAGCCAUCUACUAUUUUCUCAAGGACUUCCAUGAGCAAUGCCUUGCUCAAGAGUACAACGGAGAGUAUGAUAACCUUCUCUUCUUCUACUCCUACCUGCAUGCAGUUGUCAACAAGUCUAUGGCUGGAAAGAAGGAAGCUGAGAAGAGAAGGGAAAAACAGUAAGACUGUAAAUCCUUUGGUCAAGUUUCAGUUCAUGUUUGGGACAGUAAUUUUGAGUUGAGUAAUGGAUGGUGAGACAUUUUCAGAUUCUUUUUCGUUGAAUAAAAUGCAAAGGAUUUACAAUGACCUACAGUAUAAGCCUGGUUGAUAUGUGAAUACAAGGAGAAAAGUGUCAACAGUUUUUCCAGAGUUGAACAAUUUUGGAUUACCAUUAGCAUGUGCUAUUUUGUUUAUCUAAUUGAUAUUUCCUAGUUCCAUAAACCACAAAACACAUUGCAUACAAAAAAGAUCCUGGUUACCAAAUUGCAAGCUACACCAGUUUGACUAGAAAAACAGAUUACAAACUAAAAUUAAUUAGAAAAUACAAAUACAGUACACAAGUAAAAUACAUGUUUUCUUCUCCUAAAGUGCAAAUGUACCAAAAACAGCAAUAUAAUUUCAAGAUUAUUGAAUUUAUACUGUACACGACAGCUUUACUUGUAUACUCGAUGACACAGCCAUUGUUGGUUGUGUUUCGGAGGGGAAUGAUCUGGAAUACAGGACGGUCAUCAGGGACUUUGUCAGCUGGAGUGAGCUUAACCAGCUGCAACUCAACACCAGCAAGACAAAGGAGAUGAUCAUUAACUUCCAGAGGAAAACAUCCCAUUUCACACCGGUGAACAUCCGGGGAGCGGACAUAGAGUUGGUAGACAGCUACAAAUUCCUGGGUGUUCACCUUACCAACAAACUGGACUGGUCCGUCAACACCCACGCCCUCUACAAGAAGGGCCAGAGUCGCCUCCACCUGCUGAGGAGACUGAGGUCCUUUGGUGUGUGCAGGACUCUCUUACGGACCUUCUAUGACUCUGUGGUGGCCUCAGCCAUCUUCUAUGCUGUGGGCUGCUGGAGAGGGGGCAGCACGGACAGGGACAGGAGCAGGAUAAAUAGGCUGAUCAAGAGAGCGAGCUCUGUCUUGGACGGUCCUUUGGACUCCGUGGAGGAAGUGGGGGAGAGAAGGAUGUUGGCUAAGCUGACAUCCAUCAUGGACAACACCUCUCACCCGCUACAUGACACUGUUGUUUCCCUGGGCAGCUCCUUCAGCAGCAGACUGUUACACCCACGGUGUAAGAAGGAGAGGUUCCGCAGGUCCUUUGUACCGACCGCUAUCAGGCUCGACAACACCUGAACCUUUUUGUAUUCACUAUGUCACUAUGCAUUCUUUCCU